CUAUGUUAAUGUUAUGGAUUGUCACGUUCUUCUCUCUCAUGCAAUAAUGCUAGGUCACGUUAAAGUCGAAGUCCUUGUUGUAAGUUUGAGGCCAAUAAAAGUAGCUUCAUCUGUCAACAUAAACUUUCCCCAUUAUGUACGAGAAACCUAUCAAAUUGUACUAUCUUUAGCUCAUCUUUAAUCCAAAUCCUGUUCUCCACUUACCAGACUUCACAUAGAAGCAGAAAGUUUUUCCCAACUAGUUUUUUUUCCUCCUCAAAGAGAUGGAAACUAGCAAAUGGGAAGAGAAGAGAAGCAUGACGGAAGAGGAGGAUGACGAGGAAGACGAAGAUGUUGUAGAGGACAACAAAAGGAAGAGGGUCUUGACUCGCUCGGGAAGGAAGGUACCUGGCGGAGAGGGUUCAAAGCUGCCUUCCUGUCAAAUUGAGGACUGCACUGCAGAUAUGGCAUAUGCCAAGGCAUACCAUCGCCGCCACAAGGUCUGUGAAUUUCAUGCAAAGGCUCCGGCAGUACUUAUUGGCGGACUCCGACAGCGGUUCUGUCAGCAAUGCAGCAGGUUUCAUCAGUUGGGGGAGUUCGAUGAAGCAAAAAGGAGUUGCAGGAGACGUUUGGCCGGCCACAACGAACGGCGUCGUAAAAGUUCAUGUGAUUCUCCUGGAGAAGGGUCAAGUUAAAAGGGGCAUCAGUCCAAUGGCAGAGAAACCGCCUACUUGCGGACUAAUGGAAAGAUAAACCCCCACUGAAAAAUAUAAUCACGGUUUUACCGUGCUCGCUCUCUUCUGUCACUAGCCAACUUUCCUUCUUAACAAAAAUUAUCAUGUAAGGUAUGCAUUGAGUAGUAAUUUCAUUUCGCUUGAAAGCAAAGGAGUAUGAAAGUGUGUGUCAUUAACUUUGUCUGUUAGUACUUCGAUAGUUCGUAGACUUAAAAUAUAAUUAUGCUGUUUACAUAUGGAUGCUGCUUGAAAACUUCCCUCUUGA